AGACUAGAUCACGAUGGUGCAGUCUGGUCUGGCACGUUCUGGGUCAUGCGGACCACAUUGAAUAAAACAACAAAUAGUUAGCUUAAUCAACCACACAAAAAAUCGAACCAAUAAUCGAGAAAAAAAAUACUUUUUUCCUUAAACAUAAUACGCAUGCAUAAUUUUGAUACCAUAAAACCUAGUAAAUAUCAUGACACAAAGUUAGAGCAACCCAACUUGCACCAAAACAUUAUAAACAUUAACAUAACGUCACAUAGAAACACGAUCGUCUCUACUUUAUGGCGGAGUGUGGUUUAUGAAUGAAGGAGUGGACGAGAUUCACAAAAUUAGCGUUGAGAUUUGGGUCUCGUUAAGGAGUUGAAAAACUGGUUGUGUGCUUACAAAAAUUGGGAAAUUAGUUGGGUCUAAAUUUAGUGGAUAAACAACGAUCUGGACCAUACCAGACCAAGAGAUCAAUACAUCCUAUAAUAUAGAUAUAGAUUAUGGACUAGACUAGACUUAAUAGUCUACGAUUUGAAGCAAACUCUGUGGAUCCACAGUUUUUCAAACGAUCUGGUCUAUUCAUUCUCAAACUAGGCUAUCCAUCGAAUAAAACAUUACCUUAUAUGUACGUCUAUAUAUGUACCUUCGCACACAUGAGUCCUAAGAAAGAUAAGUGACAGAUGAAGAUGAUACUAUUUCUACUAAUAAAUACUAAGAACUUUUCCCACAAACUUUUGAUUAGGAAGGAGAGACUACCGAACCAAUGUCGAGAACACUAAAAUCUAAGUACAAAAUCUUCAAAGUUGGUAUCUUUCCAAGUUCUGAGGAAACAGGAUUAGUGCCUAAUCAAGUAAAGAUCUACAAUAUAGACUACUUCCCAUUCCCUGGAAAGCAAUGAAAUCUCAUAAUUUUAUCUUAUGAACGUUUCUAGGUACUAACCAUACCUCAAAAAGUGAAAAGAAUCACAUUUAUAGGGUACCAAAAUGAAAGAAUCACAUGAUGAAACGUUCCUUAUGCGACACCCCCACCAAGAUUCAUGCCAAUCUCGCCGGGAAACAUAUCCGGCCGUCUAAGGAAACCCCACCAAAUGAUCGAUUCUCCACCGUUGCUACACUCUUCUUCAGAUCACUCUUCGCAUGUCAUAUAAAUUCCUCCAACCCACCUCGCCAAAUCUCUCACAAUUCUUUCCUCCAUUAGAUGAUCAAAAUGGCGCCGAAAUCAUCACCGUCAUCGGCUUGCUUCCUCACUCUGUUCCUGGUUCUAACCGGCUCCGCCGCAAUCGGGCGGGCGGAGAGGCUGCAGCCGGAAGUGGCGGCGGGGUGCUGGAAGGAAAUCUACGAAAUCCCCAACUGCCUCUUCAGCAUCAUCGACGCUUUCAUCUCCAUCGGCGGGUCCAUCGAGGUCGGCGUCGGCGUCCCCUGCUGCGCGGCGUUUUUGUCGCUCACGGGGGACUGCCAAGUCGAGAUUUUCCAGAACAGCUCCGUAAUUACCCUGAUCGAGGUUUUCUGCGAGGCAAUCGUCGGUUCUGCGCCGCCGGAGGACGGCGGGGACUUGCCGUGGAGCCUCCUGUGGCCCCUGCCCCUGAAAACGGCGGCGGCGACAUGCCGUGGCCGGAGCCGGAGCCUGCGGUGGCGCCUGCCCCUGAAAACGCCGGCGGAGACAUGCCGUGGCCGGAACCAGAGCCUGCCGUGGCCCCUGCCCCUGAGAACGGCUGCGGUGACAUGCCGUGGCCGGAGCCGGAGCCUCCUGUGUCUGCGCCCGCCCCUGAGGAUUUGGGUUCCAUUUUCCCCUGGCCGACGGCUCGUCUGGUUUAGAAGAGUUUCAGGGGAGUGAUUUUAAUUUGAACGCUAGCUUGUUAAUAAUGGUGAAUAAGUUAGAGACGGAAGGGAUUAGGGAAGGGAAAAUGUAUUCCCGCUGGGUUUGGCGGAAUUGCUUUCCCCUGCAGCCGAGAAAGCUUAGUUUACAUCCAUUCCAGUGCAAUAAAAUGGCAGGCCAACA